UUUGUCGUUGUUCGGCAAUCGGCAGCUGCAAACAGGAAAGUCCCUGACUGCCCAGGGAGGUUUGCGUCAGUCAGGAAAGCUGCGCUUAGGUUUGUCACUUUAAAUGAGGGGUAUCAAUAUUUCCUUCGCUUCUCUGUCUCUGCGAAUAUAAAAUUCCGUGAGAUUGUUUCAGUCGUGAUUUUAUAGCCAGCCGAGUAGAUGCUCCCCUGCCAGUGCUAGCUGGUGUUAGCAGGCUAGCUCUUUGUGUGGCUAGUUGCUAGCUGAGGGAUGUUUUGUUGUUGUUGAACUGAGCAGCCCUCCCGUCGUCUGGGAGAGGAGAUUCAUCAGCUGUGCAUGGAAAAACGCUUUCUCAUCCACUGACAUUAUCUGUGAGAGUGGCCCGUUAAAUCCCACUGUUUAACGUUAGUAAAGCGACACCGAGAGAGGGGAGAGUUUGACCGAAGAGGAAGGAGAUGGGAAACUGUCUAAAAUCUCCGACCUCGGAUGAUAUUUCUUUGCUGCAUGAAUCUCAGUCGGACCGGGCCAGCUACGGAGACGGUGCUGACCCCGACCAGGAGCCACCGCCCCCCUACCAGGAGCAGAUACAUGUGCCUGUCUACCACCCAACACCCAGCCAAGCCCGACUGGCCACUCAGCUGACAGAGGAGGAGCAGGUUCGCAUCGCCCAGCGGAUCGGACUCAUCCAGCACCUCCCGAAGGGCGUUUACGACCCAGGGCGGGAUGGCUCUGAGAAGAAGAUCAGAGAGUGCGUCAUCUGUAUGAUGGACUUUGUGUAUGGGGACCCCAUCCGGUUCCUGCCCUGCAUGCACAUCUACCACAUGGACUGUAUAGACGACUGGCUGAUGAGAUCCUUCACCUGCCCCUCCUGCAUGGAGCCUGUGGACGCCGCUCUGCUUUCCUCCUACGAGACCAACUGACACACACACACACACACACACACACACACACACACACACACACACACACACACACGACCACAGACACCUGUGGACCAGACUGGACAAACACACACACACACACAUACAAUAUGCACACAAAUGGGAAUACAUACAACUUCCAUCUUGCUAACCUGCAUCCUGGAUUAGUAAAGUGGUGAUUUAAUGCAGUGAUGAUGUAAAAGAUUUAAGAUGAACUCUGUGUGUGUGUGUGUGUGUGUGUGUGUGUGUGUGUGUGUGUGUGUGUGUGUGUGUGUGUGUGUGUUGUGUGAAGAUGCAUGUGUGUAUGUGUGUGCCGCACAAGUUCCUCAGUUGACCUGCUGGACAGGAUUGGAGGAAUGAACAGUGUUGCUGUUAAGGACGAGCAGGAAGGAGCUGGAUUGAAGAAAGGAGUAAAAGACAGGCGCUAACAAUGGGGGAUGUGAGGAUACAAGUGUAAAGGGAAGUCAAGAGGAAUGGAUGAUUGUUAACUGGUAUGAUUAAGAAACCUUGAUGAUUAAGAUCCGCUUUUAUAUACGUGAAUACACACAAGCGUGCCCAGUCACGCACUUACUUCAUUUACUCCCUAUCAUUGAAAUGAACUGCAACAGAAUGCAGGAGGAGGACAGAAGGACGUCUGACCACCAUCAUCAGGCUGCAGAUUGUGUUUGUGUUUGUCUGCUAAAGCCUGAUUACUAUAAUAUCAUACUGCGAGACAAAGGGAAAGAAACGCCCUUCAGGACAUCUGCCAGAUGCUUUGAUGCGUCUCCCACACAGAGUCGUAUUGCAGAGUCAUAUCUGCUACAGAUGCAGAUAUGUGAUUUAAAGACUGCUAGAGAUGGACAUCGGACUUAAUACUACGAACAUCAGAUGUAUUCUGCAGACAUACCACAGGCCUCCACUUGUCCACAGCACACAGCCCUUGAGUUGUCUGUAUAGAUCUUUUAUGAGAAAAAUAAGAUCGGUUGGUGGAUUGAUUAACUGUCCUGUGGUUUUGUGAAAUCUGUUGUGUUUGAUUUGUCAGUCAGCAUAAGGGCUUUGUUGAACCAGUGUUUACCAACAACACAGAUAUGGCAAAUGAAAAUACAGUAUGUGCUUUAGUCACUAAUGUGAUGGAUAGCUGGUAGACUGUUGCUGUCAAGCUGUUGACUCUGCAUGACUUUCUCAGUCACAGUGAGAUCUCAGAUUAUUGGCCAAAGCACAAGCAGCACCAGUUAACAAACCAUUAAGACGGUGUAGUCAUUCGUCCAGGAGUGUUCUAUCGCAGAAAAGGUUUCAGUCGUAGUCAUCAAAACAGUCGAAACAAAACAGCGUCCAGAUGACUACGACUGAAACCUUUUCUACGAUUAACAAACCAUUGAUACAAAUCAGAGAUAUUUGCACUUAAUCAGACUUGUGACAAUAGUUGACCAUAUGCAUUCAGUGAUAAUGUCAAAGUGAAGUACGUUAUUGACUUUUCCUACAUUCUCAUUACCAUUGCAAUGAUUUGCAAUGAAAGCCACUGUCUCUGUGGCCCAGGAGUGGAAACAUAAUUUAUUACCGGUGACAAUAACCAAACUACUGAAUUAAUCCCAAAUUUGGUGCCCGUUAGUGUCCAAAUCAUGUAAUUCUAAGGACAAGUCAAGGACAGAAUAAAAAACAUACACAAGGUUGGGCUCAUUUAAUGUCUUUACAUACUGUAUGUAAGGUAUCACUUCAUUCAGCAUCCUAUUUUGUGGAUAACAUGCUCAUAAAACCAGUACUAAAGCAAACACUCACAAGGGAAACAGUUAACGCUGGCAGGUGCCGCCAUCAGGAUCCUGGUGAAUAUGACUGAGGACGCUUAUUAACCUGAUGUGGUCAGAAUCCGCCAUUAUACAAUGCUGACUGUGUUCUCAGUUAGGAAAGGAGGAGGAAGGAAGUUUAGGAAGUUUCUUCACAUCAAGUUCAGGCCUCAAUCUAAAUGAUCUCGCCACAUUUUAAAAUGUCUACCACCCAAGUCUCCCAGUUUACUGUUAAAGCACAAAGAAAUACAAUUGUUCAGUUAUAUUUUCCUUCUCCCUGCUAACUUUGGCCUGUAGGUGAGUCGGUAAGGCUUUGAAUUAUGCAGGAGAUGGUAAAUCAUUUGAGCUCCCCCUGCAUAGCGGGCAUGAUACAGAUCCAAUACAGUUUGAAAACUUGCCUUUAGUGAUCUGUGUUUGUGUGUUUGUAACCGCGUGUGUGUGUGUGUGUGUGUGUGUUUGUACUAGCCUUUAUGGCCUGUGUGUAUGUUGGAGAAAGAUUGGGGGGGGGUGUUGGCAGUCAGCACCUUAGUUUUUGCACAGUACUUUAAUCUACGUAACUCUAUGUUGUACAUUGUCCUCCAUCAGUAAGGUGGAGCCUCAUGGCCUUAGGUUACACGUGACUGAGGGUUGGUAUCAGCUGCUAAAAUGUGGAGCAGAGUCCAGUUAACUUCAAGAAACAAAAAGUGGGGGGGUUAUGAUGCACAGACAGUUUAGACUGUAAAUGCUGCUGCUGAGCUGUCAUUGUACAUGUCAUGUAAAGGGUUCAAAUGGGGUGUCAAGAAAAUUGUCCACCUACAUUGUCACAAAACUAAUAAAUACAUUGUCAGUGUAUUGUGAUGUUUGGAUUGGAUUCCUGUCACAUCAACUGGCUCUCUUCCCAAGGUUUCCUGGAACAUUACACAGCUAGUUUCCACUGCUUUCAUCUGAGCUCUGCAACAGUCCUGCAGUACAGCAGAUGACAGUUUAAGAGACAAAGACAUUUUUUGCAGAGUUUUGAUCUCAGUCUGGACCUAAUCAAGGCUGGGUGGGACUGGCAGUGUAUGGGAAUGUGAUGACAAAGUUAAACCAUGCUGUUGUGUAUGUGUUUGUAUCUGCCAUCGUGCCUCAGAAAAUAUUCUAAGAUCAGUUUCACUAGAAAUACAAUCCACACACAUAACCUGAUUCAUGCGAAGACUGACUCAGUGUGGCACUUUGUGGAGCUGCUUCCUUGACACUGUGGAAGGCUAAUUUAUGAGAUGUUUGAGCACUUGUAACUGAAUACAUUUCCCAUAAUGUGCUAACAGUUCUGAGUGAAAAUUUGCUCACAUCCCUGUACAAUGACUCAUGGGUGUCAACACUGAUGGUCUGACAUUCUAACAAUGAAACAGCUGCACAAAACCUUGCUUAAUCACAGGGCAGAUAGAGCUUUGGCUCUGACUUUGAAUCUCGGGACAGACUUAUUUAUUUUAAAUAUUCGAACUCACAGGAAUGAUAUAACGUGAGUGCAGUUUUAGGGUGAAUUUUCUGAUUUAAAUAUAGGAUUGAACAUCAAGGUUUGCUCAUAUGUGAAGGGGGUAUGUAUGUUGUAUGUUUGUGUAUGUUCUUAGACCUUUCCUUGUUUGUAAGCAUAAAUAUGCAUAUGUUAUGUAGCCUACUUCAGGCAAAUAAUAAAUAGACAUUGCAACAGAA